AUGGCCAGUUACAGCUUCAGGCAAACCAGCUCCUCCGUGGUGGGGGGGCCCGGCGCCUCCUCCCUCCGCUACGGAGGCAGCUUCAGGGCCCCCAGCAUCCACGGGGGAUCUGGUGGCAGAGGUGUGUCCGUGUCCUCUGCCAGGUUUGUCUCCUCCGGCCUGGGGGGGAGCUAUGGUGGAGGCAGCUUCAGCAGCAGCUUCAGCUAUGGGGGUGGCCUGGGCGGCGAUGGGCUCCUCUCGGGAAAUGAAAAGGCGACCAUGCAAAGCCUGAACGAUCGCCUGGCAUCCUACCUGGAGAAAGUGCGUGCGCUCGAAGAGGCAAACUCUGACCUCGAAACCAAAAUCCGAAACUGGUACCAAAAACAAGGACCAAGCCCAGCUCGGGACUACAGUCCUUAUUUCAAGACUAUUGAGGACCUUCGAGACAAGAUCCUUGAUGCCACCAUUGAUAACGCCAGGAUUGUGCUGCAGAUUGACAAUGCCAGGCUGGCUGCUGAUGACUUCAAAACCAAGUUUGAGACUGAGCAAGGUCUGCGCCAGAGCGUUGAGGCCGACAUCAACGGGCUGCGCCGUGUCCUGGAUGAGCUGACCCUGUCCAGAGCUGACCUGGAGCUGCAGAUCGAAGGAUUAAAGGAGGAACUGGCCUACCUUAAGAAAAACCAUGAGGAGGAGCUGAGUGCCCUGAGAGGGCAAGUGGCUGGUCAAGUCAGCGUUGAACUGGACUCUGCUCCAGGCAUUGACCUGGCCAAGAUCCUGGCAGAUAUGAGGGACCAGUAUGAAAACAUGGCUGAGAAGAACAGGAAGGAUGCCGAGGCCUGGUUCCACAGCAAGACUGAAGAGCUGAACCGUGAGGUCGCCGUUAACACCGAACAACUGCAGAGCAGCAAGUCCGAGGUCACUGACCUGAGACGCACCCUGCAAGGGCUGGAGAUCGAGCUGCAGUCCCAGCUCAGCAUGAAAGCGGCGCUGGAAGGCACCCUGGCCGACACAGAAGCGCGUUACGGGGCACAGCUGGCACAGAUCCAGGGGCUGGUUGGCAGCAUCGAAGCACAGCUGGCUGAGCUCCGAACUGACAUGGAGCGCCAGAACACCGAGUACAAGAUCCUCAUGGAUAUCAAGACUCGGCUGGAGCAAGAGAUCUCUACGUACCGACAGCUCCUGGAAGGCCAGGACUCCCAGAUGUUUGGAUCUCUUUCGGGAACUGCUGACAAAAGAGACAAGCACUGA